AACAUGACUGUCUCGAUUGAUUGCGCCUAAACGGAAAAGAAAUGGCGACGAAAGUCAAAUCGUUCGCUGCGAUUCUCUUCCUUGUACAGAUUUGCUCUGUGCCAGCGCAGCAUUGCUUUAACAACACAAACCAAUGCGGAGAAGGAAACGUCUGCUGUCACAACCAGUGUCAGUAUGGAAGCGAUUGUGUGGGAAAGUUCUGUUCGAAAGAAUCCGACUGUUUGCAAGAUGAGUCGUGUUGUGGAAGCGAGUGCUGGAGCGGUCUGACUUGCUAUGGACAUUCUUGCUCUUUGGGUUCCGAUUGCUCGUCAUAUGAAGUUUGUUGUCGUGGAGUUUGUGGCUCGAGUUGUGAUGAUACCAGCUCUUCCUUUUCAACUAUUAYCGGCACCAUCUUUUCAGUUUGUGGUGUUGGKGUCGUCAUCUUAAUCUAUGUCGCWCUUUGCUGGUGUCGCAGACGUCGUCGCGUUGGACUGUGCGUAGUAAAUGCAAGUCAACCAACCAGAAUAAUAACAGCUACAUCAGUUCACACAAAUUAUCGUCAACUUCCUUCUUGUCCGCCAAUGCAAGAGCAAAACUUCUACCAUCCACAACCCCAACAGUAUCAUSAAACGGUCGCUCCAGAAGUCAGCCAGCCAACAUAUGCUCCCCCUCCUUAUGAAGAAUAGAAAACAGCUACUAGACUUUGUAACAACGGCAACAUUAAGAAAUAACACGCAAUGUACUGAACCUUGCUAUCAUGUAAACAUUUUCAUUAAAAAGUUACGGUAUUCUAUGCAUAUAAAACUAUAAACUUGUCAACAACAAAUCGAAAUUAAAAUGCAGACUCAUAAUUUAAAUAUCUCAAGAUGUUUCAAUCUGAGAGGAUUCUAAUUUAGCUUACUGAAAAAAAGUUGGAUCAAUGGAAAUCCGAUUUAUUUAAGGCUAUAUAAUCAGUAAAAUCAGUGACUUUUAAAGAAGGAAACGGCCUGGGAUCUAAAGUCGCGCUAUAUUAAACCCGACUAUAAAGUCGCUUACAAGGCAUAAAAUCGGAGAAAAGCAAGUAUAGGAGYAAGGCUAUGCAGGCUUAAGUCGAGUACAAAAACAUAAAGGCUAAUAUGGAAUCAUAUAAUGAUGAUUAUUAAUGAUGAUGAUAUAAAUGAUAUAUAUUAAAAAAAGUAUAACUUUCAGUAUUUUUUAGCUAGCUGUAGCUCUGAACUGAAUUGGAAGAUACUAUCUUGUUCCAUACUAGUAAAUCAAGUUGGAUAAAACCUUGUAAAAAUACAGACCAAGUGUCCUUUCAGCUCUAUACUGAGUUUAUAAGU